AUCGACCAUGCUUUUGAAAGUGAUAUUAAUCGCCGAUUCGUACUGCACGACUCCAUGGGGUACGAGGCAGGGGAAGUCAAAAACCUCGCCAAGGUCGAGAAGUUCGUGAAGGAAAAAAGCCAGGGUCCCGAGGCGGAGAGGUUACAUGCGAUUUGGUUAUGCAUUUCUCCUUCGUACCACGGAGGUCGUAUAUUCGAAACGGGGGAUGAAAAGCUGCUGAAAAUGUUAAACAAAUUUGACCAAAUCCCUCUCAUAGUGGUUUUCACUAUGUUAGACAAUGUUGCAAAGACUAUUCGGCGGACUGAGCGCCUGGAGCUGGGCCCAGCCCGAAAGAAGGCUCAAGAAUGGGUGACAGGGUUAUACGACCGGGAGAAGUGUCCAAGACCUUUCAUAUGCGUCUCAACGAAGCCCGAGUAUGUUGACACGUUGAAAGAGCUCACCGAGAUUACCAUGCAUCAACUGGAGCCACCUGUGACAUCGCAACCUGGGCUCGGGGAGGGAAGAAGCUCGUCCUUCCGCAGUCGCUUCUUCAAGAAGUCGAAGCACCUGCUAGCUAAUCGUACAGAUGAUCAGGGACAGAACCAGGGCCAGACCAAUAACCAGGUGCGCCUGGCCGCUGCGCAGAUGAUAAACCUUCCUUUGAAGAUCAAGGCGUCAAUCGACGUUGGAAAGCGAAAAUAUUGGAAAAACCUCCUCGAAAGUGCCUUCUUCAAGGGUCGUCCGCUCAAGGACUGCUUUAUGACCAUUCAUCGUGACAUUUUGGUGGUAUGGAACUUUAACUCCGUGGUAGACACCUACAUGCUUGGCGAUGAGUUUAUCAAUACGGUCUCGCACGUCGUUGAUGAUAUCAGCCCAAGGGACAAUCUCGAUAUGCAGAACGCGGCUCGUAAUCCUGAUAUCCAAAGCAAUGCGCAAAAAGUGGCGACGGUAGCGGCGGCGAUAAGCUCUUUCGCGCAUCCCGCCGGUCUUGUCAUAGGCGGUGUCACUGCUGCUGUCGUACUGGCGACAUGGCUUUGGGGCGUUUAUCAGCAAACAAACGGCAUUCUUCGGUGCAUGAUGGCGUCGAUUGUCGCCCUCGUACUGAUCAUGGAGACGCUGUUCGACAUCCAAUCCUCGAUUAAGGAUGGUAUUGAGCGACUGCACCCGACUGUCGCGCUAAAGGUUGUGCAGGACUAUCAGGAGUCGGAGUUGAAGAAGCAGAUCCAUGCCGAGAUCCAGACUUUCGUCGGAUCGGGUUUGAGCGGCGCGCUCAAGGGCCGGGAUGUAGUGAUGGAUAAGAUUACCGAGCUGAUUAUGCGAUAUCAUAAGGGCGGAGAGGGAUAUGAGAUGUGGCAUGAAGAUGUGGCGAGUAAAGUUCAGAACCAGAAGAAUGUACAGGUGCAGCCUUCCGGCGCCGAGUGAGUCCUUGUACUUGG